AUGGCUGGAGGACAGCGUGUUUCAAGAAGGAAAGAGGUUGGCAAUCUGGGUCCAAAGCAGCUGAAGGAUCAAGUGACACAGGAACAGAGAGGUGACCUCAUGUUUGCUAAGAUCUUUGGUCACCUUAACAGGAAGGGUCUUGGUGGAGGCACCAGCUCGGAAUUGGUGGGGAAGCUCAUCUCAUUAAAAUCCAGUCUUAUUCUAUUUCUGUUGAUUUCUACAAUGCAUAUGUUUUGGUGUCAUCCAGUUCCAUCUUCUAAGGUGUCUGGAAAACCUGACUACUUUGGCAUCCUGCUGAACAGCUGCGCCACGAGGAUGGACAGGAGAGAGGGACUGGAUUUUCUAAAGCCAAUUUUGGAGAAGAUACUUAUGAAAAGGUCCUUUCGCAAUGGAGUUGGCACAGGAAUGAAAAAAACUUCCUUUCAAAGAGCAAAAUCAUGACUAAGUGUGCAAAGGACUCUGGGAAUUAAUCUCAGACUUUGUAUAGCGUGGCUAAGGUGUUAAAAGUCACUUAUAUCUUUAUCAUUUAGUA